CGACCCAACGGUUUAAGAGAAAGAGCGCCUUCUUCCCCAUUUCAAAUUCCAAUCCACCAAUUCUAGGGUUUCCUCAAUCACACUCACCUCUCUCUCCCUUCCUCCCACUCCGAUCCCCACCAUGGACAAGUACGAGAAACUUGAGAAGGUCGGCGAAGGCACAUACGGCAAGGUCUACAAGGCCAAAGACAAGGCCAGCGGUCAGCUUGUUGCCCUCAAGAAGACCAGGCUCGAAAUGGACGAGGAAGGCGUCCCUCCCACCGCUCUCCGUGAGGUCUCCCUCCUCCAGAUGCUCUCUCAAUCCCUCUACGUCGUCCGCCUCCUCUGUGUCGAGCACGUCGACACCAACAAGAACGGCGGUACCAAGGCCAACCUCUACCUUGUCUUCGAGUAUCUCGACACUGAUCUCAAGAAGUUUAUCGAUUCCCACCGCAAGGGCCCCAAUCCGAGGCCCCUCCCUCCGUCUCUCAUCCAGAGUUUUCUUUACCAGCUCUGCAAGGGGGUUGCCCACUGCCAUAGCCACGGCGUUCUUCAUCGGGACCUCAAGCCGCAGAAUCUCCUGCUUGACAAGGAGAAAGGCAUCCUCAAGAUCGCUGAUCUGGGACUUGGCCGCGCCUUCACCGUUCCUCUCAAGAGUUACACUCACGAGAUUGUUACUCUCUGGUACAGGGCUCCCGAGGUUCUCCUUGGCUCCACUCAUUACUCCACUGCAGUUGACAUGUGGUCAGUCGGCUGCAUUUUCGCCGAAAUGGUAAGAAGGCAAGCUUUAUUUCCUGGGGAUUCCGAGUUCCAGCAAUUGCUUCAUAUUUUCAGGUUGCUUGGGACUCCAACUGAGAAGCAGUGGCCUGGCGUUACCUCUCUGAGGGAUUGGCAUGUCUACCCACAGUGGGAGCCUCAGAACUUGGCACGUGCUGUUCCUUCUCUUGGUCCUGAUGGAGUCGACCUUCUAUCGAAGAUGCUUAAAUAUGAUCCAGCAGAGAGAAUAUCAGCAAAAGCAGCAAUGGAACAUCCCUACUUUGACAGCCUCGACAAGUCCCAAUUCUGAAGUUAUGAUAUUUGGUAUGACUAUGAAUCCACUUCCCAAGUUCCCAGUAGUAUGGUUAAAGUCCUUACUUUGUUCAAAGCUCAGCAAGAUGCUCGAUGAAGCUAGUUUGUCAUCAACUUGGUGAUUCAAACAACUGAACUUUGUAGUAAUAUUUUGCAAUUUUUAUGUUAUAUCCAUCUUCAUCUUAGUGCCAUCCCUCGCUCGUAAUGCUCAAAUGUUAUUAUAAGUUUGUGAACUUGAAAACGAAAACCCCUGUUGGUAGCGAAUUGUCGUUUUUUAAUUGUUACAAAGCACGUUACUCUCGAGCAUUGUUGUCAAAAUUGGGAGUUAUCUCAUUAAAUCGUACAAUUUUAC